CCAAAUUUGGCCAUCAUGUUGGUGUGGAAAACUGGAAAUUCCUUACUGGCUUUGUCCUCCCAUUUUGCAUUCUUCCAACCGCUUUGCCGACAUGUCCGCGCCCCCUGAUCAACAAUACGACGAACUUUACAAAGUGGUGCUUGUGGGGGACCCAGGCGUCGGCAAGACCAACCUCCUCGCGUACUUCACUGCGUCGGAAGAUGAAAUGGCCAUCGACUCGUCGACCAACGCGUCCAAGAUCUUCAGUAAUGUGCGGAAGCCGACGAUCGGCGUGGAGUUUGGCACCAAGAUUAUCACCCAUCCCAAUGGGAAGCGCAUCAAGGCACAAAUCUGGGACACGGCCGGACAGGAACGCUACCGCGCCAUCACGAGCUCGCAUUAUCGUCGGGCGGCGGGGGCGUUGAUUGUGUACGAUGUGACCAGCCGCACGAGCUUUGACAAUGCGCAAGGCCAUUGGCUCAAGGAACUGCGCAAUUCGGCCGACACGAACAGCACCCUCUUGUCGUGCUUGAUGCUCGUGGGCAACAAAGUCGACUUGGACCCGGCCGAGGUGACUUCAGACGACCACGAGUCCGCCGUGUUGGCUGCCGAUGGCAUCCUGGACAUCCGUGCCUCGGCCAAGACUGGCCAAAACGUCGUCGAAGCGUUCGAGAAGCUCGUGAUUGGUAACAUUUCGACAUCUAGCGGCACUGCUUGCUAAUGCUAUGGUGGUUUAUGGGUGAUAGAGGUGUACAACCAAGACAAGGCUCGCAAUGCCAACCCCGACGAGAAACCAACUGCCGCCGCAGUGGACUUGCAUGCUCCCGCGGAGAAGAAGAAAAAGAACGGCUGCUGUUAAGACGUUCUGGAUGAACCACCUUGUUUGCAUACUUCGCAGUAACGUUAUUAUAAUAUUGCCAAGUCGAUUCGAAA